AUGGACCCACGCGCAUAUGGAAAAUUCGUUGCUCAAUACAAAGAGAAAUACCCUAAAGCUACUGAAGACGAAAUCUAUGAAGAGUACCUCAAGACACAACAAGAGCAGAGUCGUAGCAAAGGUUGGGUUAUAUGUAACUCGUUUGAAGGUGAACUGGAGGAGACAAGAGAAUUCUGGUUAAUAGAGGAGCAGCGGGGGUUCCAUGGGGUCAACAGAGGAUGA